AUGGCAACCCGCGAGCCGCGGCGGCUUCAUGAAUAUUCCGGGGCGCGGGAGCCCGGGCGCGGCCGGAGGGCGCUCCGGGGGAGGCGGCCGCUGAUCGGGCACCUGCAUGACUCCGCCGAGGAGCGGCGGCUCAUCGCCGAGGGUGACGCGUCCCCCGGCGAGGACAGGACGCCCCCUGGCCUGGCGGCCGAACUAGAGCGCCCGGGCGCCGCGGCGCAGCCCGCAGCCUCCCCGCCACCCGCCCAGCACCUAGCCUCGGCCUCCCGCGAGCAGCCCGCGGCGGACACGGCGAUCAAAGUGGAGGGAGGCGCGGCCGCCAGCGACCAAAUCCUCCCGGAGGCCGAGGUGCGCCUGGGCCAGGCCGGCUUCAUGCAGCGCCAGUUCGGGGCCAUGCUUCAGCCCGGGGUCAACAAAUUCUCCCUGAGGAUGUUCGGCAGCCAGAAAGCCGUUGAGCGUGAGCAGGAGAGGGUGAAGUCCGCCGGGUUCUGGAUUAUCCACCCCUACAGCGACUUCAGAUUUUACUGGGACCUGACCAUGCUGCUGUUGAUGGUGGGAAACCUGAUCAUCAUCCCUGUGGGCAUCACCUUCUUCAAGGAUGAGAACACCACACCCUGGAUCGUCUUCAAUGUGGUGUCAGACACGUUCUUCCUCAUCGACUUAGUCCUCAACUUCCGCACGGGCAUCGUGGUUGAAGACAACACAGAGAUCAUCCUCGACCCGCAGCGGAUUAAAAUGAAGUAUCUGAAAAGCUGGUUUGUGGUGGACUUCAUCUCCUCCAUCCCCGUGGACUACAUCUUCCUCAUUGUGGAGACACGCAUCGACUCUGAGGUCUACAAGACCGCCCGGGCCCUGCGCAUCGUCCGCUUCACCAAGAUCCUCAGCCUCCUGCGCCUCCUGCGUCUCUCUCGCCUCAUUCGAUAUAUUCACCAGUGGGAAGAGAUCUUCCACAUGACCUACGACCUGGCCAGCGCCGUGGUGCGCAUUGUGAACCUCAUCGGCAUGAUGCUCCUGCUCUGCCACUGGGAUGGCUGCCUGCAGUUCCUGGUGCCCAUGCUGCAGGACUUCCCCAGUGACUGCUGGGUGUCCCUCAAUGACAUGGUGAACAACUCCUGGGGGAAGCAGUACUCCUACGCCCUCUUCAAGGCCAUGAGCCACAUGCUGUGCAUUGGGUAUGGGAAGCAGGCGCCCGUGGGCAUGUCUGACGUCUGGCUCACCAUGCUCAGCAUGAUCGUGGGUGCCACCUGCUACGCCAUGUUCAUCGGCCACGCCACCGCCCUCAUCCAGUCCCUGGACUCCUCCCGGCGCCAGUACCAGGAGAAGUACAAGCAGGUGGAGCAGUACAUGUCCUUCCACAAGCUCCCGCCUGACACCCGGCAGCGCAUCCACGACUACUACGAGCACCGCUACCAGGGCAAGAUGUUUGACGAGGAGAGCAUUCUGGGGGAACUGAGCGAGCCGCUGCGGGAGGAGAUCAUUAACUUUAACUGCCGGAAGCUGGUGGCUUCCAUGCCGCUGUUUGCCAACGCAGACCCCAACUUUGUGACGUCCAUGCUGACCAAGCUGCGCUUCGAGGUCUUCCAGCCAGGGGACUACAUCAUCCGGGAAGGCACCAUCGGCAAGAAGAUGUACUUCAUCCAGCACGGCGUGGUCAGCGUGCUCACCAAGGGCAACAAGGAGACGAAGCUGGCUGACGGCUCCUAUUUUGGAGAGAUCUGCCUGCUGACCCGGGGCCGGCGCACGGCCAGCGUGAGGGCCGACACUUACUGCCGCCUGUACUCGCUGAGUGUGGACAACUUCAAUGAGGUGCUGGAGGAGUACCCCAUGAUGCGACGGGCCUUCGAGACUGUGGCACUGGACCGCCUGGACCGCAUUGGCAAGAAGAACUCCAUCCUCCUCCACAAAGUCCAGCAUGACCUUAACUCAGGAGUCUUCAAUUACCAGGAGAAUGAGAUCAUCCAGCAGAUCGUGCAGCACGACCGAGAGAUGGCCCACUGUGCACACCGCGUCCAAGCUGCCUCUGCCACCCCGACCCCCACACCUGUCAUCUGGACCCCGCUGAUUCAGGCACCGCUGCAGGCCGCUGCGGCCACCACGUCUGUGGCCAUCGCCCUCACCCACCACCCUCGCCUGCCUGCUGCCAUCUUCCGCCCUCCACCGGGACCCGGGCUAGGCAACCUUGGGGCCGGGCAGACACCCAGGCACCUGAAGCGGCUGCAGUCCCUGAUCCCGUCCGCGCUGGGCUCAGCCUCACCCGCCAGCAGCCCGUCCCAGGCGGACACGCCAUCCUCCUCGUCCUUCCACAUCCAACAGCUGGCUGGAUUCUCCGCACCUGCCGGACUGAGCCCCCUCCUGCCGUCCUCCAGCUCUUCCCCGCCACCCAGGGCCUGUGGCUCCCCGGUGGCCCCCACACCGUCCUCCGCUGCAGCUGCCACGGCCACGGCUGGUUUUAGCCACUUCCACAAGGCGCUGGGUGGCUCCCUGUCCUCCUCUGACUCCCCCCUGCUUACCCCACUGCAGCCAGGUGCCCGCUCCCCACAGGCUGCUCAGCCACCACCCCCGCUGCCAGGUGCCCGGGGAGGCCUGGGACUCCUGGAGCACUUCCUGCCACCCCCGCCCUCAUCCAGGUCCCCAUCGUCCAGCCCUGGGCAGCUGGGCCAGCCUCCCGGGGAGCUGUCCCCAGGGCUGGCCGCUGGCCCACCAAGUACACCAGAGACACCCCCGCAGCAGCCUGAGCAACCAACCUUCCUGGCGGGGGCCUCCGGAGGGGCUUCCCCAGUAGCCUUUACCCCCCGAGGGGGCCUCACCCCUCCUGGCCACAGCCCAGGCCCCCCAAGAACUUUCCCAAGUGCCCCACCCCGGGCCUCUGGCUCCCACGGCUCCUUGCUCCUGCCACCCGCAUCUAGCCCCCCAGCACCCCAGGUCCCACAGCGCCGGGGCACGCCUCCCCUCACCCCUGGCCGCCUCACCCAGGACCUCAAGCUCAUCUCAGCCUCUCAGCCAGCCCUCCCCCAGGACGGGGCGCAGACUCUCCGCAGAGCCUCCCCGCACUCCUCAGGGGAGAGUGUGGCCGCCUUUCCGCUUCUCCCCAGGGCCGGGGGUGGCAGCGGGGGCAGCGGGAGCAGCGGGGGCCUUGGUCCCCCCGGGAGGCCCCCUGGUGCCAUCCCCAGCCAGCAUGUCACUCUGCCUCGGAAGACAUCCUCAGGUUCUCUGCCACCCCCUCUUUCUUUGUUUGGGGCAAGAGCCACCUCUUCUGGGGGGCCCCCUCUGACUGCUGUACCCCAGAGGGAACCUGGGGCCAGGUCUGAGCCAGUGCGUUCCAAACUGCCGUCCAACCUAUGAGGGGGGCCCUCACUCCCUCCCCGCUCUUUUUUUUCUCCCUUCUUCUUUCAGGUUUAACUGUGAUUAGGAGAUAUACCAAUAACAAUAAUAAUUAUCAUUAAAGAAAACCCCACACACACCCCAGAAAAAAAACAAAAGACAGCAGAAAAUAACCAGGUAUUCUUAGAGCUAUAGAUUUUUGGUCACUUGCUUUUAUAGACUAUUUUAAUACUCAGCACUAGGGGGAGGCGGGAGGGAGGGGGAAGCAGGCAAGGCCCAGAGGCAGAAGCCAGAGGAGGCAGGAGGGGCUCGGGCGGGGUGGGUGGAGGUGACCCGUGUUUGGGGUUCCUAGAACAGACCUGUCGUUGUACUCGUUUUAGAGCAAAAGCUCUGAUUGGUUCCUUGGCUGUGAACUUGGAGCCCUACUUUCAUGGGGGGUCACCUUGUCCCCCAGGAAGGGAUUGCCUUGGGCGUUUUGCUGGGGAGCCUCAGACUCUGGAGUCCUUGGGACAAGGGACAAACUCGGGCCAGGGCCCAGAGGGCCUUGUGUUUUUUUUCUACUGUAACCGUAGCAAGAUAUGUAUAUGAAUAUGUAUAUGUAUAUGUAUGUAAGAUGUGUAUAUGUAUAGCUAUGUAGCGCUCUGCAGAUCCAUGUAGAUAGCAACUCACAUGUGCACACAUGCGUGUGCAGCCCAGUUUCACCCCGUCGCCAGGACACCCAGGUCACCUUACAUCCAGCAAUCGGCCGUGGCCCACAGGCUGGGCGCUGCAGGCCCUGGGGGACAUCUCUCUCCAGUCCUCAGGGGAGAGGACCCCCAGGACCUCCAGCAGGCCCCUUUUCCCAUCUCUGGGCUCAAGUCCAGCCCCAGCCCAACCUGUCACCACAAUAUGGAAGUGGAAGACUCCUGGCCGAGCCUCUCUUCCCAGGGUCCCAAGCACACUCCAUCUCCUCUGUGGCCCUCGGUUUUCCAGCUGCAUAGGAGGCAGCAAGGGGACUUGUAUUUAUUGAGUCUGCUCUGUGCCAAGCAUUGGUUUUGCACUUUACACAUUAACUCCUUCAGUUUCACAAAGACUGUGAGGUAGAUACUUUGAUUCUCCCCAUUUCACAGAUGAGGAAAUUGAGUUGGGGUAAUUUUCCCAGAAUCACAGAAGUAGCAGUGGCAGAGCUGAGACUGAUUUGGGCUUUGAAUCCAUCCUGCCUGACUGAGGCCAAGGCCUAUGUACCGUCCAUCAGAAAAUUGUGUUUGAUGGUCCCUAAGCAUGAUGUGGAGGGAAGAGACCCAAGUUUAGCAGCAGUUAGGCCUGGGUUCAAAUUCCAGCCCUGCCUCUUCUUAGCUGUAUGACCUUGGGAAAGUUUUCUGACCUGAGUCUCUUACCUCAUUUGUAAAAUGAGAAUAAUUAUGCUACUGCCUCACAAAAAUCUAUGAGGACCAGAGAAGAAAAAGAAUGUGAAAUGCCCAGCCCAGCGCCUGGCACACAGCAUAGUAGGUGCUCAAUAAAUCACAUUUCUUCUGCCCUCUACAUGUGCCCAGCCCAUUACUCCCACAAGUUAUGGUGAAAACCCAGGGAGCUUUGGAUGAGGGCUCUAAGACUUAAAAUCUCAGGACUCAGGAGGUGGCUGGGCCUCCUUAAGGGCCCAAGGAAGGUACGUGGCUGGGGGAGGGAGGGUUGGGGCCAGGCCUUGAGAUGUGGAAGAGCUGGAGGGAGGAGGGAAGGAAGGAGGGAGGAGGGAUGGGGUAGAGUGCACAGUAGGAGGUUGCUGGGGAGGACGUGGAGUUUAGAGCCAGCUUUGGGAGCAGAUCUACAGGCUGGAGGGAGGAGGACGGGCCUUGGAUACCACACCAAGCAGGUGAGUUGCGCUUGGUUCUGAAGGCGGGUUACCAUGUAAAAGCAGCUCAGAUGUCUCCUGGGGCUCAGUAGUCCUCCCCAGCAGGACCCUGGCAGAGCCAAGGUCAGGCAGAGGUGGUUCUGGCUGCAGGACUGAAAUAAUGCUGAGGGCUGGUCCUGCCUUGUCCAUGCAGAGCGCUCAUGCCCUGAGCCAGAGUGUUGGCCUGGUCAGGUUUGGUCCCGCACCGUGCUGCGAUGUGAGGCAGGCUGGUCUCUCUGUUUGGCUGCGGAGGGCUGCAGGCAAUAACCCAGGAGACAAGGGGUCUGUGGUCCUAGGGAAAGACUAGAAGCCAGCUGGUCCUAGUUCCUCCUGGACUAGAGAAGCCCUGCAGGCCCAGGGGUCCUUCAGACCUGCAAGGAUUUAAACAGCUGCAACCUGAGUUCUCUGCCCCCUUUCCCCACCCCGAAGGGAGGCAGCUCACAGACAACAGUGGGACUGAUUCAAACCAGUCCAGUCCUGAAGGUAGCAGAAGCGGAGAUGGAGGGUCCAGGGGCAUAAGGAGUAAGGAGCCCCUUGCCAUCAGGGCCUGGCCUAGCCACCCUCUUCUCUACUUGCACGCAUUUUAUAAGAGCUCUGACCCAGCCGGGGCACUCUUUUGAGACUGUGGGGCGGCCAGGUCCAGCCAGUGGGCGCUCCUGUCCCCAGCCUCCCAUGAGCAAUUUUCAAAUCUUCCACUUUUAAAACAGAUAACGGUACAUACACCGUAUUGUAUAUUUUAUUUAAAUAAAAAAAUUCCAGCAGAUGCUGCUUUCUUCUAGGGGGGUGCGGUGGGGGAUAAUGUUAGUGGGAACCCCAGAGUCUCGGAAGCCUGAAAGUGGCGAGAGGCGGGAUGCCUGGCCCCAGCACAUGUGCACUCUGGUGUGCAGAUGUGCACCCCAAGAGCUUGGAGUUGUGUUCUGGGCGCCAAGGUAUGCGUAGGAGUGUGUGAGGCCUGGUGUGGACACAGGUGUGCACCUGCUUACAGGAUGGUGGGGCCAUUAAGGAGGGUGAGAGAAAGCGUGUCUUUCGCUCAUGGGGCAGAAAGGAGAGGUCGGGGAGCUAUGAGACCCUGACUCGGCACUCCUGCCACCACCCCCGUCCCCAGCCACCAAGGCUCUAGGGCCACCAGCUGCCAGAGGAGGAGGGCAGUAAAAACCUUUGAGCUCAUCUGGCUAUCCUAGUGCUCAGACCAGCAGCAGAGAAGGUAGCUGGGGACACAAGGUGGCUGGGUUGGGGCAGAGCCUCAUGGGGGUAGCUGAGGACGGAGGAGGCCUGUGUGGGUUGGUAGCUUGAGCAGAAGUGGGAGCAAGCAUCUCUCUGACUCCCCACUGUGGUGCUUGGGGGCGUUGCUGGGUCUGGUCCCCCAGGGUCCCUUUCUGCCACCCCUGGCUUCAGAGGGUCCCAGCAGGCCCUGGGAGGUUGCUGGGUGGGGCAAUUGCCUGGGGCUGGGGAAUGGAGUCCUUAGGCCUCUGGCAGUGUCAGGAGUGCCAUCUCCCGCCCUCCUCCAAGGAAGGGAAAGUCCUCAGAAAAGGGCAGGGAACCCGCCAGCCGUUCCCCAUCACUACUUGUCCAGGCUGUUUCCAUGGUAACAGGCCUAGGAGUCCCGUUGCUAAGGUAGGCAGCUCAGCAGGCCCUGGCAUCCCCAUGACAACUGCCCCCUGUGGCCAGGCUGUGGUGUUUCCUUGGGGACCCCGCAGGCACUGUACAGUCGGAGACAGACGCCACUGCUCUGGGAGCUUGCUGGGGGCAGCCGGGGCUCAGACAGCAGUGGCCACCUCUGGGAAGCCUGUCUUCUGAGGCUCGGGAGGCUUUGUGGACAGUCAUCCACUGUGACAAGCCUGGGGAUGCCAGGGCAUUAGCCGCCAGUCCUCGCCCACCUGCAAAGGUGUCUUAUCUGGUACCUGAUUCCAAAAGGACACUUUGGACGUGCUUACUGAUGCUGGGCCCGGGGGCGUUCUUGUGACCUCAUUUCAUGCUCCCAGCAACCCUACUAGGGCAGAAGGAGCCCCCAUAAUAGUGAGCCAAGGUGAGACUCGGAGAGGGUAGGAAGGGAGCCCACACGGUCAGCUGGGAUGGAAGGAUCCAGCACAGGGUGGGCGGUGUCCCUGGAACAGACAACACAGGUGUGUCAUCUGUUGAAAAUGAAAAUGACAACGAGAAUGACCGCGUGUCUGUGUGCUUUCCCUUACUCCCGUACAGCAGCGAUUCUAGACAAUGUCAGGAACCGGCCCUCCUACCUGGCAGACAGCUCCCACCCUGCCCCCCUUGAAAUGCCACCAUCCCCGUGCUUCACCUCAAGGGACAUUUGCUGUGUUUAUGGCUGUCAGAAUGAUGGAGGCCUAGGGGCUGGGGAUUUAGCUCAGUGGCACAGCGCCUGCCUGGCAAGUGCAAGGUCGU